AUGAGCAAUUCAAAUCGUCAAAGUCUCAACCGAAAAGUUGCUGUCAUGGGAUACCCGCAUGUCGGCAAAUCAGCAAUAGUUCUCCGAUUCACACAGAAUGUGUUCCCUGAAAGAUACGAAUCAACUAUUGAAGACCAACAUACGAAGCAUAUGACAGCUUUUCAACGAGACUAUAAUCUUCGCGUGACUGACACGGCAGGGCAACAGGAAUAUACAGUUUUUCCAAGAAGUUGCUCUCUCGAUAUCAACGGUUUUAUACUUGUAUAUGCGAUCGACGACAGAAAAUCUUUUGAAAUGUGCACCAAUAUUUACGAAAAGAUUGUCAGAACGUAUGGAGAUACAAGUAUUCCUAUUGUCAUCGUUGGAAACAAAUCUGAUUUGAAUACCCAACGAGUUGUACAGCAAGUAGAAGGACAGAAACUGGCUGAAGAAUGGGAUGCGAAAUUUGUUGAAAUCACCGCGAAAGAAUCGAUGAUGACUGGCUCAUCAGCUUCUCCACCCGAGCCUUCCGCACCGCCCGUUGAUUCGCCGUUUUCUGCGCCUCCACAUGAAGCAAAUACGCCAACAUCUGAUUCCACCGAAACAAUGAGCAGAAUACCAACAGGGAUAAAACUUCCAGAUGCAGUUGCCAACAUUGACACCGCUCAAGUCGCUGCUAAAGUUGAGUCGUUCAAGAAAUGGACUAUUGGAACUUUCAAAAACUCGAAGCAACAACUUCUAGAGCAUAUGGGAAAGAUUGACAAGACUGUUGAUCCCGAGUUUGAAGCUCAGUGUGAAGUUUUGAAGGACAUUCACAGACGGUAUGGACUUGUCGUUGCUGCAGCCAAGAAUUUCAGUCAAGUGCUUACUCAAAUGGCGGAAGCUGAGAAGAAGCUAUCUGAAUCAUUCUAUCAACUGUCACUCAAAGAAGAACAAAUCAAAGCACAAUGUACAACAACUUCUGAAACAAUGAGAGGAGUUGGAGAGCAAGCUUCAUCUCUUGAUGCAUGUUUGAGAUACUUUAUCUCUUCGAUGGAAACGGUUUACAGUCAAACUAUCACUGAUACAUUGCACACAAUCUAUAACACUGAAUCUGCUCGUAUUGAGUAUGACGUUGAUCGUAAUGAUAUCACAGCUGCUUCAAAUCCACCACAAGGGCAACAACCAAAAAGUCUUCCAGCUGGAGCCACUGAGAAGUGUGAUGAGAAAAAAGCGAAAUAUGAAAAGUUGAAAAGUGAUGCGAGAAUCAAAAUGAGACUGCUCGAAGAGAACCGUAUCUCUGUAGUGGCAGCUCAACUCGAAAAACUUCAAUCUGCUCUCGCUGCGUACUACUCUGGAAAUGCUAAACUACUCGAAUCGUCUGUUCGCGAGCUGAGCAUACUUCAAACUCCUCAACCUUCUUUCAUUCCGGCAAUGUAA